CCACUCCUAAACACAAGGAAUAACCCAUUUCCUAAUUUCCAUCUCUCCGCCCUAGCCUAGAAAAACUAAACCAGCAAUACCAAAAUGGGCUCUGAAUCUCUUGUUCACGUUCUACUUGUUUCUUUUCCUGGCCAAGGCCAUGUGAACCCUCUCCUCAGGCUUGGCAAGAAACUUGCCUCAAAGGGCUUGCUUGUCACCUUCACCACUCCGGAAACAACAGGAAAGCAAAUGAGGAAAGCAAGCAAUGUAAGUGAGGAGCCAACUCCCGUUGGUGACGGUUACAUCCGGUUUGAAUUCUUUGAGGAUGGAUGGGACGAGGAUGAGCCGAGACGUCAAGAUCUUGAUCAGUACUUGCCACAGCUGGAGAAAAUUGGGAAAGUUGUGAUUCCUGAUAUGAUCAAGAGAAACGGAGAACAGGGCCGUCCUGUGGCUUGUCUCAUUAACAAUCCAUUCAUUCCCUGGGUUUCUGACGUUGCGGAGAGUCUUGGAUUGCCCUCGGCAAUGCUUUGGGUGCAGUCUUGUGCUUGUUUUGCGGCUUAUUAUCAUUACUAUCAUGGGUUGGUGCCUUUCCCGAGCGAAGCUGAUCCUGAAAUUGAUGUUCAAUUGCCUUAUAUGCCAUUGCUGAAGUAUGACGAAGUUCCCAGCUUCUUGCAUCCGACUACUCCUUACCCUUUCCUGAGGAGGGCUAUUCUGGGUCAGUACAAGAGCCUUGACAAGCCUUUUUGCAUAUUGAUGGAGAGUUUCCAAGAACUUGAGCCCGAAAUCAUUGAGUACGUGUCUAAGCUCUGCCCCGUCAAGCCUGUUGGUCCCCUGUUUAAGAAUCCUAAAGCACCAAACAGCACUGUACGCGGCGACUUGAUGCCACAGGCUGACGACUGCAUUGAUUGGCUCAACACCAAGCCAUCUUCAUCAGUCGUGUACAUCUCAUUUGGAAGUGUUGUUUACCUGAAACAAGAACAAGUGGAUGAGAUCGCCCAUGGCUUGUUGAACUCUGGAAUUUCCUUCCUAUGGGUCAUGAAGCCACCACAUAAAGAUUCCGGUUAUGAGCUCCUCACGCUUCCGGAAGGAUUCUUGGAGAAGGUAGGAGAUAAUGGGAAGGUAGUCCAAUGGAGUCCACAGGAAAAGGUGUUGGCUCACCCAUCGGUUGCCUCCUUCGUGACACACUGCGGCUGGAACUCGACCAUGGAGUCACUUUCUUCAGGCAUGCCAGUUGUCGCGUUCCCACAAUGGGGUGAUCAGGUGACUGACGCCGUGUAUUUGACCGAGCUGUUCAAGACUGGCAUUAGGAUGUGCAGAGGAGAGGCCGAAAACAGGAUAAUUCCAAGGGAUGAAGUUGAAAAGUGCUUAAAAGAGGCCACCGUGGGACCCAAGGCAGAGGAGAUGAGGCAAAACGCUUUGAAGUGGAAGGCGGCGGCCGAGGCAGCCAUCGCGGAGGGUGGUUCUUCCGACAGGAACUUACAAGCGUUUGUGGAUGAGGUAAGGAGGAGGAGUGUAGAAAUUGGGACUGGCAAAUCAACGAACGGUGUUGCUGAGGACUUGGUCAAGAAGUCAACGGCCAAUAUGAACGUGGAAUUGGUGGCUUGAGGGAUGGUUGUCACGUGUGCGAUUGGAUAAAAGGCAGUUUUUAUUUUUAUUUUCUUAGUUUUAAGUGUGUGGUAAUAAUAAUAAAAAUAAUCAGAUUGCUUUUAUUAGGAGUAGUUGGGGGCCGCCGUUAUGAGUUGAAUUAAAUUUUAAUUUAUGUUCUAAAAUUGCAACAUGAAGUGGGUGUCGGUGGGUUAGGGGCGUGCAGUGUUUGUCUUUCAUUAUUGUCAGUUUCAUGUUAUGAAAAUUCUAACUUUGUUCUAUCCCCUACGAUGAAUGGUUUG